GCAACGUGCGAGGGCUCGGCCUUUCGCGUUGGAGUCGUGGGGUUUUUGUUGCUUAUGGGAGUUGGGGGGUGAAGAUUACUGACUUUUUUGAGAGAUACGCGAGUGCGUGUUAUUUUUCUUACCGAGUGAGUGAGAAGACCGUCUGAAGUGUUCUUUGUGGCUUAUCGAGGACAAACUUUGCUUCAAGAUGUCGUACAAUUUUAAGAAGAUUGUGGUGGUACCUUCCUCCAAGGACUUCAUCAACAUCAUUUUGUCAAAGACCCAAAGGAAAACUCCUACAGUUAUCCAUAAGGGUUACAAAAUAUCUCGAAUCCGACAAUUCUACAUGCGCAAGAUCAGAUUCACUCAGCAGAGUUUUCAUGACAAGCUGCAGCUGAUCUUGACAGACUUUCCAAAACUGGAAGAUAUCCACCCCUUCUAUGCAGAUUUGAUGAAUGUCUUGUAUGACAAAGAUCAUUACAAGCUUGCACUAGGUCAAAUCAAUAUGGCAAUGCACAUGAUUGGCAAUGUGUCAAGAGACUAUGUCCGGCUCAUGAAGUAUGGUGAUUCUCUGUAUCGCUGCAAGCAGCUGAAGAAGGCUGCACUUGGUCGCAUGGCAACCAUCAUGAAGAGGCAAAAUCAGUCACUUCAGUACCUGGAGCAGGUCAGGCAGCAUCUGUCCAGGUUGCCCUCCAUAGACCCCAACACCAGGACCCUCCUCAUCUGUGGAUUUCCCAAUGUGGGAAAGUCAAGCUUCAUCAACAAAAUCACCAGAGCAGAUGUUGAGGUGCAGCCAUAUGCAUUUACAACAAAGUCUCUCUUUGUUGGCCACACAGACUACAAAUACCUCAGGUGGCAAGUAGUGGACACACCUGGAAUCCUUGACCAUCCCUUGGAGGACAGGAACACAAUAGAGAUGCAGGCUAUCACAGCUUUGGCCCAUCUGAGAGCUGCAGUCCUGUACAUCAUGGACCCAUCUGAGCAGUGUGGUCACACUCUGGAGCAGCAGGUGCAGCUGUUUGAGAACAUCUGUCCCUUGUUUGCCAACAAACCACUGCUUGUGGUCUGCAACAAGUCAGAUGUGAUGACUCUUGAGGAGCUGCCAGCAGAGAAGAAAGCCCUCCUGGAACCACUGACAAAGCAUGAGGUUCCUAUUAUGACCAUGUCAACUGUCACUGAAGAUGGGGUCAUCGAUGUGAAGAAGGAGGCAUGUGAGAAACUGCUGGCUCAUCGUGUCGAGGUGAAGAUCAAGACAAGGAAGGUCAAUGACAUUCUCAACCGGCUUCACCUGGCAGAGCCAAAGAAACGAGACGACAAGGAAAGGUUGCCGCACAUCCCUGAUGCCGUACUGAAGAAACGCCAGGGCAUUGCUAUCAAAGAGAAGAGGAAGCUGGAGCGUGACAUUGAGCUGGAGAUGGAAGAGGAGUACACCCUGGACCUGAAGAAGCACUAUGAUCUGCCCGAGGAUUUCAAAUAUGACAAGAUCCCUGAGGUGUGGGAGGGCCACAACGUAGCUGACUUCGUCGACCCGGACAUCUUGAAGAAAUUGGAGGAGCUGGAGAAGGAGGAGGAGCUGCGUGAGCAAGCCGGCGUUUACGACAGCGACGAGGAGACGGACUCCGACUAUGAGGAGGUUCAUCAGCUGGCCACCAAGAUCCGCAACAAGAAGAAGAUCAUGAAGAUCGAUAGCGCGAUGCGGAAGAACAAGACGACGGCCACCAUGCCGCGCACCGGCCGCGGCCACAAGCGCGAGCGCAGCGUCAGCCGUCUGCGCGGCGACAUGGAGGAGCUGGGCGUCGACAUGAGCGACGUGCAGGGCACGCACUUUGUGGCGACGGCCGAGGCGGACCGUGCGCGUUCGCUGUCGCGGCCCAAGGUGAAGAAGGCGCGCGCCGAUUCGGAGGGUCGCGUGCGCUCUUCGUCGCGCACGCCGCGUGACCAGCUGGGCGUCAAGGACGAGAAGACGCGCCUCCAGCUGCGCAAGAUCGGCCGCAACGCGCAGAAGAAGCUGGCGCGCAACGCCAAGAAGGGUGAGGCCGAUCGCGUCAUCCUAGACAUGAAGCCCAAGCACUUGUUCGUCGGGAAGCGCGGCGUCGGCAAGGCGGAUCGGCGGUGAGGUGAUGCCCGGUGCGUGAGGGGUGCGUGGGUGUGGCGAGAUGUAUGGCUCAGCUGGCAAGCUGGAGCGUGUGCGACUUUGGGAUGUUCUGGAGGUGUUUUUCGAAUGUGCCUUGUUGGCUGACAUGUUGAACUGUGAUGCGUAUGCUCGUGCCCGGCGUUUGUAAUUAUCGUGGGACUGAAUGCGAUAAUUUGCAGUAUACUUAGUGACGCGUUUGCUUAAAAAAUGUACAUCAUUACUGCAUCCAAAAUGAAGGAAAGCGAAAAGUAUCUUGAUUCCACUGGCUGCCCGUUUUCAUUCAGGGAAGUGGCCUUGCUAAUGCUUUUGUCGUUUGGUGCUGUAAUAUCCUGGCUUUGUGGUGCCUGGAAAUGUUUUCGGAAUCAUUUAUUACAGAAAAGUAGUAGGAUAACUGCGGGUGGAUACAUUUGUGUACGCAUGUUGGACGUUAAGUCGGUAUAAAUAAAACCGCUGGAUUGUG